GCGGGAAGCCGGAAGCGAGGAGGGAGAGAGAAUGGAGGCGUUGGGAUCGGGUCCCAAGGAAGAGCGAACGAGUCUCGGGGCGGAGAUCGCGCAGCAGCGGCAGAUGAAGAUGAUGUUGGAGAUUUCCAUUAAGGAGUUGCAAAAGACGGCCAUUGAGAUGGAGAAAAGGCUGGGACAGGUGGAGGAGGAAGGGUGCGAGUGGCGGACGCGGUACGAGACGCAGCGAGAGCUCAACGAGCGUCUGCGGCUGCAGCUGGAGGAGAUGAGGACGAAAGUGAAGGAGGGCCGUGACACCCUGAGAGAGAGGUCAAAUGUCAUGCAGGGAUAUAAUCAGCAGUCGAAGGAAAGCCUGAAGCAGCUGCUUUGGAAGAAGGAGGAGGAGCGGCAGAGUCUGCAAGAGACGCUAGUGGAUUAUGAGUGGCGCAUUGCACAGGAGGCAAAGGCAUACCACAAGGUAAUAAAUGAAAAGAGAGAAGUACUCAACCAGUUGGGAGAGACGAUGGACAUUUCGACAAGGCAAAAGAAGGUGCAACCAGCAACAGGACCACAGGACCUUGAACGUUCCAAACGAAAAGGGCGGCCUUCUCAAGAAGGUGGCCAUGAACCGACCGACUCUGGAGGGACAUGGCUCCCUCAGCUACCAGCGGGGGCUCUGCCACGCAGAGCACAUGGCGUGACGACGCAGCAGCAACAUCGGCAGCAGACAACUUCAGAGCCCCAACAAGGUCCCAUAAGGAGACGCCCACACGGGAAUCAGCUGCCGAAACUGGGAAAAUUCCAGGCCCCCGUUGUUCUGUAGAGGACAUGGCAGCUUGUGGCUAUAAAAGUUCGUGCUGACACGAUGUUCACAUCAUUCGCUGAAUGUCAGACCCGUUGUGUGCUGUGCACACGCCUGCCCAUGUGUGAUGUCAGUUCAGUUAAGAACAUUUUGUAACGUUGGGUGAUUUGUACUGCAUAGCAACAUGUAUAGGACAAAUAAUGAAAAUGUUCAUUGUGCCAAUGCACAGGUUUAUCUGGUUAUAUUCACGUUUGUUAAAUAUAUUACAUAAAUACAGUUUACAUUUGUUUUUUAAAAGUUUUUAUACACUGAUGUAGUAAUAUCAAUUUGUUGUGGCUUGAAAAAUAUAACGGACACUUGUUUAAAAGUGCAAAAUAGGACAACAUUUUGAGCUGUCAAACCUGCAUACUUAAGUUAUAUGUACAAUUGAUCACGUAUUUUAUGAGAUUGAUGGGCAUUAGUUAAAGUCCCACUUUAAAUAACACUUUCAAAACUAGAAUUGUAUAGAAGAGCUGUUCCCAACCUCUGGAUCAUGGACCACUCACAAUCCGAAAGGCUGUAAGAAGUGGUCUGCAGAACUUUUAUCUUUUUCACAAAACACCAUGUAUUUCAUUUACUUUCAUUGAACAAUUAUUUAAAUUACUCAAUUCAAGGCAAGUUAUUAAUUUUUAUGGAUUUUUCAUGAAACAUUUUGGAGUUGUUUUCAUGUUUACAAACAUUAUUGGCGCAUGCUGGUCUGCAAAAUUUGAGGGUCCAGAAAGUUCAGGAAUCACUGGACUAUAAAAGGACCCCUAUACCAUGGAAAGUCAGUUGUGCGGCUUGUCUUCCAGCAGUGUUAGCCUGUGGAGCAUCUCCAUGAGUGACAGGUUGUGUCCAAUUACAUACAUUUACAAUUCGUGGCAAUAUUGCAGGGGCCAUGCUGUUACCAGUCAAGCAAGGCUUCAUUUUUGCAGUAGGUUCUCAUUGCAAGGCUAGUCGGGGUGAGCAUCGAUUGCAGGACCGAAGCCACCCUUCAUAGCAAUCGACUAUGCUGGCUUUAUUGUAACAAAUGCGCUGCACCUGGCUCCUUCAAUGUACCAGCUGAGGGGUGGAAUCUGGCGGGGGUGUGAGGUCAAGGGCCCCCUCACUCCAGAGUGCCCUGCAACUGGAGCGCGUGGUGUACCGUUUGGUAUUUUGUUAAAUCACUGAAUUGCGAGUGUUUAAAUCCAUUGUGAGUUUUAUUUGCCGUUGAAGUAUUUAAGUGUUGUGAUUUUGCAUUGCGAUACAAUUUGGAUGCACUGUAUUUAAAUGACCGCAUCUCAAGAUGCUGCACGGACACAGUAGAGGGCUGUGUAUUGUUUCAUGUUUGUUCUACCCCCUAUACGGUAUACUUAAGUCUACCCGAACGGUGAAAUUUCAAACCGAUGACCUGGACCUUGCUGUCGUUAAAACGUCUCACUUGUCAAUAAAAAGGCAGAUGUGCCCCAACU